AUGGCCCAACUGCUUCGAUUGCCAAUAAAAUCGGCUCAUGUUUCACUCGUUGGAGUCGGCGCUGAACCUGUGACUACAGCAAAGCAGAAAGUGGUAGCCAUAGUCAAAUCAAGAUGCUCGGACUAUACGGCAACCAUCGAAUGCAUGGUGUUGCCUAAACCCACGGCUGAGCUACCAGUAGUGACCGUUCCUGGUUUGUGGAAAAUUCCGGAAGGAAUUGCGUUAGCAGAUCCUACAUUCUUCCACAGUCGGCGAGUCGACAUGAUCCUGGGAGCGGAACUAUUCGCUGAGUUGCUGCAGACAGGGAAGAUCCAGCUAGGUGAGAACCAACCAACAUUAAUCAAUUCCGUCUUUGGUUGGAUCGUCAGCGGCAAGGUCGACCCAUCACCACCAGUCCAAGCCAACAACGCAGUCGUCUUGACCAGCAUCGAAACGCUAAUGGAGAGGUUCUUCGCGAUUGAGGAUGCAGACACCAACAACAACUUGACCAUCGAGGAAACAGCGUGUGAGAACUUCUACAGAGAGACGACAACACGCCACGACGAUGGGAAGUUUGUGGUUCGCUUGCCACAAAAGUCCGACAUGAUAAAUUCAUUGGGUGAGUCAAAAUCAAUGGCAACUAAACGUUUGUUAGCAAUUGAAAAACGAUUGGAUAAAGAACCUGGUACUCGUGAGGCAUAUACCACAUUCAUGAAGGAGUACGAAGAGCUGGGACACAUGAGUGUUGUAUCAAAGGAAGGUGAUGGGCACAGCACCGCGUAUUAUAUGCCACAUCAUCCAGUGUUUAAGGCAGAUAGCAGCACCACCAAGUGUCGUGUGGUUUUCGACGCUUCAGCCAAAUCGUCAAGCGGUAUAUCACUGAAUGACACACUCAUGGUAGCUCCAACUCUUCAGCAAGAAGCAACAACAAUUUUAAUUCGUUUUCGGACGAAGCCAAUAGCUCUCACAGCCGACAUAGCUAAAAUGUAUCGGCAGAUUUGGGUACAUCCGUCAGAUCGACAUCUGCAGAGAAUAUUGUGGCGACCAUCGAGAGACAUGCCUACUCAAGAGUAUGAACUGAAUACGGUAACCUAUGGCACUGCAGCGGCACCAUAUCUUGCAAUAAAAUCGCUGCAGCAAACCGCCGUAGACCAUGGUGCCCAAUUCCCUCAAGCAGCAGCCAAAAUGUCCGAUUUUUACGUCGACGAUUUUAUUUCGGGAGAGACCACUGUUGAAGCCGCCAAGACACUAAAGCGGGAAGUUAUUGAUAUGGUUGCUAAGGCUGGCUUCUGUUUGCGAAAAUGGGCAUCGAACAAUCCGAAUGUUCUACAAGGCAUAAGCGAAGAAUCUUUGGCCAGUCCCUUGCUACAAGAUGAAUCCGAAGCAGCGCUUUCUACACUCGGGAUGAUCUGGGAACCAAAUGCGGAUACAUUUCGUGUUAAAAUAAACAUCUCCGAAACUGGCAACACGAAGCGAUCGAUAUUAUCACAAAUCGCUCGUAUUUUUGAUCCGUUGGGACUGUUAGACCCAGUGAAGGCACUAGCUAAGCAAUUGAUGCAGAAAAGUGACAACCAUCCAACAAGCUACGAUCGGCUGUAA